UCCAAUAUGGCUUCCAUGACAUUGCAGUUUAAGCCACAUUCGGUUCGAAAAUGUCAGUCUGUAGAGUGAAUUACCUUGUCUUCUAGGUUUUUGGCUCAUAUACCUAAGAACUACUUGGGAAGGGUUCUACAUUCAGUGAUUACUGGCCACAGGAGUGGGCAUUUUGGAGAGAAAUGUACUUACAUUUCUUAUAGAUGACCAGCUUUCGGCAGCAGCUGUACAUUUAGUGUAAUAUUAUUUUGGUUUUGUAUAAUGUUUGCGUUGUUUUCUGGGCUAUGGAAAUACCUUUUCCAAAAGGACGAAUACUGUAUUCUAAUCCUUGGCUUGGACAAUGCUGGGAAGUCGACUCUACUUGAACAGAUAAAACGAAUGUAUGGCAAAAACUACAGUGGUUUACCAUUUGAAAAGAUCACAACAACUGUUGGACUCAAUAUUGGAAAAAUAAACAUGAGUCAUGUGAAGUUGAUAUUUUGGGAUCUUGGAGGUCAGCAGGAGCUACAAACCUUAUGGGAUAAGUACUAUGAAGAAUGCCAUGGUGUUAUCUUUGUUAUCGAUUCCACUGAUGAGACCAGAAUGGAGGAAUCUCAUCAGGCUUUCAACAAAGUAGUUCAAGAUCCUCAGUUACAAGGAAUUCCUUUGCUAAUUCUUGUGAACAAGCAAGAUCUAGAGGGUUCUCAGGGAGUGGAAGCCAUUAAAAAUUUCUUCCAUGAUGACUCAUCUAGCAAUGGGCAACUUGAUUAUUUUAUUCAGCCAACAUCAGCUUUAAGUGGAUAAUAGCGAGGAACAAAGCGAAAACUUCGCUGCCAUCACUAAAGAUGGUGAACAUUUUUAUCUUUGCUAUGGUUUACUAGAAAACAGAUGCCAUGUUUCGUGAAAGAUGAAAUUUGUGCGAGUGCGUCUGAAAUAAGGCCAUCUACAUGAAGCUAACCUGAUUGCACUACAUCAGCUAUGGGGUUUUAGUGGUAGGGCAACGACCUCUAUGUUAUUGAAAAGAAUUAGUCUCUAAGCUCUUGAAAAAAUUACUUCCUGAGGUGCUUAUGUAGCUGGGGGUAAUCUGAGGUGGUGGUGUUUGUCUGACCUUGGGAAUGUAGAGGAUCACAAUCUUUCACGAUGAAUCUUAUAAUCAAAAUGCAACUGUAUCACUGAACAUAAACUAUGCAAUAGAAAUACCCUUUAAGUUUAAAGUUACCUUUAAGUGUCAGCAAAAUUUGGUAACAUUAAUUUUUUAGUGAAGAAUGUGUAUUAAGAUUCGUUAAACUUUAGAAUAACAAUACCGGGAUGUAUUUGAAGUCUGUAACAAUCUAAUUUAGUUUAAGGAAAAAAACAGCUUGCAAUGUCCACGCCUAUGUUUAUAUAGCUGGUCUGAAUGUUUACACUGCCUAUCAAGGUUUGCGUUCGGAGGGGUAUAAAUCCUGUGUAAAAAAGAAAAACAGGGAACGUAAUUUAAAAUUAGAUAAUUGCUAUCAGUUGUACUUAAUGCAGCUAUAGCAUUUAAUUCUUGACAAAUGAUGAAUUAACGCAUUUGCCGAAACAUGAUUAUUUUAGCGAAUCAGAGAUCUUAUUAUGUUUAGAAAAGUUGAGAACAAACGAUGGAGAAGAAAUGACGGAGGAGAACUCAGUCAUCUCUUUAUAUAUUAAAAAAUAAAUAAAUGAACAGCAGUUCUAACGAAGGUAACAGUAAUAACACUGGUUACAGUGCCUAAAAAAACGAAACUUGGUUCUAAUUAUUGGCUACAAACUCAGAUAUGCAUACCCCCGCAACAAGUGUUCCCAAGCAAAGCUUAAGUCGAGUGCGCGGUGCGACAGCGAAGACUAAAAGCAAUCGCCGCAUUUGGGUGAUACAGAGGAUUUUCCUUUGGAAAGUGUCAAAUGUGAGGUCUCGGACAUACAAAGUGAAUUUUUUUUUCGUUGAAACUGAGGGUUGGUUCCGCCGCACGAAACAAUCGACAACAUCCAACUAAUCAUGCCAUGCAAAAUUGUCUUUUGCGGGACUCGGUGAUUAUACUAACAAAGCGUCAUUGUUCAAUUAUUCAAAGUGAAAAAAAGCGUGUUGUGUAUUGCAGCAUGCUCGCAGAUAGAAGAAGCCCUAAAAGAUUGUACUGUGUUUUUCCAGUACAGUUAACUGAAUUCUCUCGCACAAAUGCACAACCAUAAGAAGUGACCUUUCUCACAGACACUGCAGAACAAGGUUUGUCACCUUUAGGUCUAGCUACUGACAUAAUAUGAAAUUCUGCGGUUUGCAUAGAGACCAAACCAGCAGAGCGGUUUCAAAGUAGGGAAGGGGUACACUAGUUUAGUGGAGUGAAACAGACUGAGCCUUCAGUCUUCAAAAAAACAGAAAGGUUUUAGCGCGUCAUAUACAUUUCAAUGAAGUAUACUUAAAAAAAUCGUAUGUGUAUUGUUCAUAAGUACGCCCUUGGUUGGGUCUGAUUCACUCGCUCUUAUUAUCGAUAGGGGCUGUACCACAACAAAUUUCCUUUGGUACAGACACAGUGGAGUAAGACCUAUCGCCUGUAGGUCUAGAGAAUUACAGGCUGUGAACUGUUGCGGUUUCGUCUCAGAAUGCAACACACAACGUGAUAAUAUAUUACUUGAAAUAAGCGCCUGAGGUAGAUGAGAUUUUCUCAGUUUAUUAACCAGUCGGGAACGGCACAUGUGGCAUCAGACAGAUCGGAUAGCACAACUGAAGCAUACAAACUGGCGUCGAAACUACGGACGUUUCCGUGUUAACAGAGAGGAUAUUGUGAGCCUUCCUCACUUUUCGUGUUUAAUUGGCUUAGGGUCGAGUAUCUUGUUCGUAAUUUACUUAGUUGAUCUUUUUCGCAUGCAGAAACAAAGAAAAGCCGACUACAACUUACAGAUCUUAACAGGAAGGAGAAAAAAUUUUUGCUAGGUCGGUUUUUUAAGAAUUAAAAUGACUAAGGAUAAAAGAAUUCUUCUCUCGAGAAAAAAAAUUCCUUUCCUCCGGCCUUUUUUAAAGUGACACAAGUCUUUCAUUAGCACUGCAAAUAGCUUAUUUCCGGCUAAAACGACAGGAACUUUUGAUAAAAUUAAUACGUCUUUGACGAAUGAUAUAACUAUCCGGAGAGAAUCACAUUUGUCUCGUUGCUCGUCUCUUACCACCAGAAGGUGAGAAAUUUACGGAAUUAACUUGAAUAUAGACGGCCUUUUAGUUUUUUUGCGAGAUUUAUCUUAGCGUGGCGUGUUUUUGACCUCGUGUAAUUCCUGACAAACGGUCAUGAAUCAAAUUAUCGAGGUUAUUUCUGUACACACGUCAUAGGGGAGAGGAUAAGACAAAUUUGUGAUUUCCACGGGAUAAGGUUCUUUAUUCUUUAGAAUUUCUGGUAAUCAGCUAACGUGAAAAGAGUCUGAAUUAUGAACCGGUGCUUUUAUGUAAAUAGGUUUGCUUCGGCGUAACGAAAUCCUUCAGGCGCGUUAUACCCAUGCAUGGAAUGCACGAUCCAGAAAGGUGUUAUGAGAGGAAAGCAAAACCUUUUUCAAUGAAGCUGGUCGAUUUUCUCAUAUGGGAGUUUAUAUCUAGCUUGCUAAAGGAAAGGAAAGGAAAGGAAACUGUAAUAUCUAUCGAUAAAGUUUGAAGAGCUGGUAAUGCAUUGACAACACUUUUUGUUCGAAAGAAUUUCUCUCAAUUCACGUGGGUGGACAUUUUUUUUUAAGUAUCACAUCUCACUACCCCACAGAUACGCCCCUCACAUUAUGCGGCUUGUAGAUCAAACAGGCUACUUACUUUCUAGUUAUAGGUUUACAAGUCUGGUAGACAACGUGGCGGUGAUUAAAUGUGAUUAUGAACAGGUUACAGUGUCUGGAAACCCAACCAAAAGAAAUUAAUUGAAGAUGUGAAACCGCAAGGCUUGCGCGUACAUUCCUGAGAAGAAAUUGUUCGACGUUCGAUGGGAAGAAACUGCAAUCUUAGAAAACAUGUGUUUUUUACCUUUUUAUUUUUUCUUUGAUUUUUGUAGAUCUUAGGAGACAGGGCAUGAUCUAUAGCAAAUCUUCUUGUCAUCAUGUUAAGUUUUCCAACGAUUUCAAUGGAGUAAUAUGCUUGUAGACCCAUGAUUGCAAGCACUCAUUUUACUGCAAAAGAGUAUGCUUUUAAAAUGUUCCAAAACAAAGUUUACCUUUUCGUUUUUUACUUAGCCACGAGUCCUUGAUUUAUGUAAGCGCAGAGGAGCUUCGGUGCAAAGUCGAACUUGAGGUCAUUUGACGCCACUUCCCUUCUUAGUGAUUUCCAUCUGCUUGUAGAACCAUGAUAAUCUUCAAGCGUGCAUUUUACUGGAAGAAUAUGUCUUUAUAAAAUGUUCCAAAUAAACAUUUCAUUUUAAUUUCCAGUUUUACUAAGCCACGAGUCUUGUAUUCAUGUACGUACAGACGAACUUUGGAGGUAGGUCGAACUUGACGCAACUGCGCUUCCCACCGAUUUUAAUGGUAUGGUCUGCUUGUCGACCCACAGGUCUUAUAUUCAUGUAAGAGCAAGGCAGCUUUGUUGCUGCCUUAGUCGAACUUAACGCCACUUCCCUUCAGAGUGCAAUAUGCAGUUAUCUGCUAUCAACAUCACAUCUCAAAUAGGCCAUUUUACAGUUGUGUACCUAGUUGCCAAUACUUUGAUUUGGAGUGAGACUGAAGGUGACCUUGUUGUAAUAGAGACCAGUAUCUGGUUAGCAUGAUAACAAAGUAAUUUGCAUUUGAAAAGCAGCAAGGUUUGUAUCAUAACAAGGUCCACCUUAACCUCACUCCAGUUCAAAGGCCUGGCAACCAAGCACACAACUGUAAAAUGGACUAUUGAUUUUCGUUUCCCUUGGCAGUAAAGUUGCUGAGGUUCUACUUCUAGUAUUCUAAUUAUACAUUGUUGUGUAAACGUAAACUUUUGAUUACUUAGUAUUUUAUACGUUUUUGAACUGCAAGCACAGAAAAUUAGAACUGAAAUCUCUCUGAACUCUAAUCAACCUGUGGUCUUAACUCGCGUAAAAGCUGUAGGAUACGACCCAAUACCUUCAUGAAGCGUACAAAGUAGCAGCACGUGUGCUCUGACUAUGGCUAACCUUGAACUACCAAACUUGACGUGAUGAAUAAGAGAACACAUUUGUUGUUCGCAUUUAAAGACAAAAAUGGUCUUUUUGUAGCUUUAUAUUUUUUUGGUGAAACAUUAUGUCUGUUGGUUUCCGAGGAAUUACGAAAAAAAUUUUAAAAUCAAUUAAUUACAAAUCAAACUGAAGUCACCUACUUGCUGAUUGACAUUGAAUCAUUCGCAAAUAUUAAAAUAUAAUUAAGUCAACGGUGGAUCUCCCUCGAGAACUGCAAGGUUUUCAUGCAUAUUUGAACUCAUACCUGAGAGAAAAAAAAGGAAAGGCUAUACAGAAGAGUGACAAUGCAGCUUCCCAAAUACCUGGAAGAGAGUGAGGAGUGACUAUUCAAGGUUGUUGAUACGCCGGUUCCUGUAGAACGUGCCAGAUGAAUUGGUUGAGAAAAAGAAAUUAAAACUGUCUGAUAAUAAACACAGAAGUUUUCGUAGCUUGCCCUAUUACCACUAGAUAAUAGUGUGGAAUAAAGCAAAAAUGUCAUCGCCAUAAUCAAAGAUGGUAGACAUUUCUAUUUGCGCUA